AUAAACUGCUAGUAGAACUGAUAAUAAUAAAGUUACCUUAAAUUUCAAACAUUGCUAUUUACUUGAAAAUUGAAACGCAUUCAAUCAUCAAAUCUGAUGUUAUUUUAAAAUGGAACCAGUUUUUGUUUAUGGAACAUUGAAACAAAAUCAGCCUAAUUAUUACCAUCUCAAUGACACUAAAAACGGCUGUGCUGUAUUUAGAACAGUCGCCGUUACAGUCAAUAAAUAUCCUUUAGUUAUUUCCACUAAAUUUAAUAUACCAUUUUUGUUACAAAAAGAAGGCAUGGGACAUGAAAUUAAAGGUGAAAUAUAUGACAUUGACGCAACUAUGCUGAAAUACUUGGACGAUUUUGAAAAUCAUCCAAAUUUUUAUAAGCGACAAAAGACUCAAGUUAAAUUACCGAAUGGAGAUAUUACUGAUUGUUGGGUAUAUUUUUUACCGGAAUAUCCAGAUAGUUAUUUGAAUUUACAAUACUUUGACAAUUACGAUUCUUGUGGUGAACAUGGACUUCCUUAUGUCACAAGGUAUCAAAGAGAUCCAGAUGACAAAUUAUCAUUUCCCAAUUGGAAAUCACCUAAUUAAUGAUUCUUCAAUUAUUUUACAGUGAAGAACUACAAUCAUUAGAAUAAGUAUUCUAAAUAUUCAAGUUAGUCAAUAAAAUAAGGUCAUACAUUAGCUCCUCUUCUCAGUCCAAUGUUUAUUAUUAAAUCAAUUAGGUGUAAAAAACUAAAAUUAGUAUUCGCACUACACUAGUGCAUUUUAAAAAUAA